GGAGUGACAUGGUGGAGGCUGAGAAAUCCGGGAUCCGCAUUGUGACCUCUCCCUACAAAAUCCUCUUCUCCAGAUCUGCUACGUACUUCAAACCCGGGCUGCCCUUUAACCUGGUGGUCUCCGUGGUGAACGCGGACGGUUCCCCCGCCCCCCAGGUCCCCGUGCGCAGCGGGACAAGCGCCAGCGGUUUGACACAGGCUGACGGGACAGUGCAGCUGGCGAUCAACACCCCAGCAGACGCAUCUCAGCUCUCGGUGAAGGUGGAAACUGUGGUUGCCAACCUCCGGCAGGAGCAUCAGAGCUCGGCGGUCUGGGCCGCGGUAGCCUACGGGUCGCAAGGGGGCUCGAGGAACUACCUGCACAUCUCGGUGCCGGCCACUCAGCUCCAGCCGGGGAACGCCCUGCCUGUGAGCUUCAGUUUGCGGAACAGUAACGCUGACGUUCAGAGGCAGAUCCACUAUUUCACCUACCUGAUCCUGAACAAAGGGAAGAUCAUCCGGGCUGGAAGACAGGCCAGGCAGGCGGGACAAACUCUGGUGACCAUGUUCCUGCCCAUCACUCCAGACCUCAUCCCUUCUUUCCGCAUCGUGGCUUACUACCACGUAGGGCAGAAGGAGAUCGUGGCAGACUCGGUCUGGUUGGAUGUCCAGGACUCCUGUAUGGGAACGCUGAAGGUAACAGGCGCAACGGAGCAAGACAAUGAUGUCCAGGUGCCAGGUGGGCAGAUGAAUCUCCGAGUGAAGGGAGAUCCCGGAGCCAGGGUCGGGCUGGUGGCUGUGGAUAAAGCUGUUUAUGUGUUAAACAGGAAAUAUAAGUUCUCCCAAGCCAAGAUCUGGGACGCAGUGGAGAAGAGCGACAUCGGCUGCACGCCCGGCAGCGGCAGGGACCACGUGGGGGUGUUUGCGGACGCUGGGCUGCUGCUUCAGACCAACGUUGGCAUUGAGACGCUCCAGCGGGCAGAGUCCCGCUGCUCCCAGCCCGCUCGGCUUCGGCGCUCGCCCCUGAUCUCGGAGAGAAAAGCUGCCAAAGCGAGGCAGUAUCCGAGCCAGCGCCUGCGGAAGUGCUGCCAGGACGGCAUGCAAGAGAACCCCAUGGGCUACUCCUGCGACCGACGAGCCAAGUUCGCUGGAGGCGGCGAGUGCGUCCAAGCCUUUCUCGACUGCUGCAAGCACAUCUACGAGAGGCUCCUCAAGUUCCACAGAAAGUUCCUGUUAGCAGCAGCCGUUUAUCCGAUGGCCCCCAGGAGGAGCCAGGAGCCUACGGAUGAAGUCGCAGAGGACGGGGAGUACCUGGCGGACGAGGACAUCGUCUCCAGGAGCCAGUUUGCCGAGAGCUGGCUCUGGCAAAUGGAGCUGCUGCCACAGGAGGCCGAUCUGGACGGGCUGGCUUCCAGAACGGUGCCGGUGUACCUGGAGGACUCCAUCACCACCUGGGAGGUGCUGGCCGUGAGCCUCUCCGACACAAGGGGGAUCUGCGUGGCCGACCCUUAUGAAAUAACGGUGAUGAAGCAGUUCUUCAUUGAUCUCCGGCUGCCCUACUCCGUGGUGCGGAACGAGCAGGUGGCCAUCCGGGCCGUGCUGUACAACUACGCCCCCCGGGCUCUCCAGAUCCGGGUGGAGCUGAUGUACAACGAGAAGAUCUGCAGCUCCAGCAGGCGCGACAGCCGGUUCCAGCAGGAGCUGGUGAUCCAAGCCGGAGCCUCUCGCGCCGUCUCCUACGUGAUCAUCCCCCUGGAGGUGGGGGAGGUGGAGAUCGAGGUGAGAGCAGCCGUCCAUGGGCUCCCCAUCGCAGACGGCGUGAAGAAGAAGCUCAGGGUGGUGCCUGAGGGCAUGAAAAUCUUUAAGAACAUCAAGAGCGUGCUGCUGGAUCCGACUGCCCGCGGCUCAGCCUCUGGGGAGCAGCUGGAGACAAUCGGGCCCGUGGACAUGAGUAAUGUGGUCCCCAACACCGAGCCAGUGACCUUCGUCAGCGUGAAGGGGGACAUCGUGGGCGACACGGUGGAGAACUCCAUCGACGGCGCCAACUUGAAGCACCUGAUCCAGGUCCCGGCGGGCUGCGGGGAACAGAACAUGAUCGGCAUGACCCCCGCUGUCAUCGCCACCCACUACCUGGACAGCAGCCGGCAAUGGGAGAGGCUCGGGGUGGAUCGCAGGGCGGAGGCCGUCAAGUUCAUCACUCGGGGGUACACCCAACAGCUGGCUUACCGGAAAGCAGAUAACUCCUACGCGGCCUUCACAAACAGACCAGCGAGCACCUGGCUGACGGCCUACGUGGUGAAGGUCUUUGCCCUGGCCUACGAACUGAUCGCUAUCGACCCCGAGGUGCUGUGCGGGGCUGUGAAGUGGCUGAUCCUGCACAAGCAGAAGCCUGAUGGGGCGUUCCAGGAGGAUGCCCCCGUGAUCCACGGGGAGAUGGUGGGAGGGUAUCAAGGUUCAGAGCCGGAUGCUUCUCUGACGGCCUUCGUUGUCAUCGCUAUGGUGGAGGCCAGAGACGUCUGUCAGCGGUAUGUGGAGAGCUUGGGCAGAAGCAUCACGAAGGCUGGAGAUUACUUGGCGAGGCGCGUGAAAGACCUGAAGAAACCCUACUCCGUGGCCAUCACGUCCUAUGCGCUGGCGCUGCUGGGCCACGUCGAAGCAGGAGAGAGGCUCAUGGCGCUUUCCACGGGGGGAACACACUGGGCCGACCCCCAGUCCCGGCUCUACUCCAUCGAAUCCACCUCUUAUGCCCUGCUGGCCUUGCUGAAGCAGCAGAGGUUGGAGCUGACGGGGCCCAUUGUCCGGUGGCUGACGGAGCAGCGGUACUACGGAGGAGGCUACGGCUCGACCCAGGCCACGAUCAUGGUCUUCCAGGCUCUGGCCCAGUACCAGAUGGAUGUGUCGGAAACCAAGGACAUGGCCCUGGACGUUUCCAUUAACCUGCCGGGUCGGAGCAGGCCGCUGGUCUGGAGGAUCAACAGGGACAAUGCCAUGGUGGCCCGGACGGAGCGAACCAAGCUGACCGAUGGCUUCACCAUCUCGGCCAAGGGACACGGCAAAGGGACUCUGUCGGUGAUGACGGUUUAUUACACGCCCCUGACGGAGGGGGCGGCAGCCUGCAAGAAGUUUGACUUUAGCGUCUCUGUGCAAAGGGCACCUGAUGCCAAGAAGCCAGAAGGAGCCCUGGACUCUGUGUUCAUCCAGAUCUGCAUGCGGUUCCUGGGAGGGGUGGACUCCACCAUGACCAUCCUGGACGUCUCCAUGCCCACAGGCUUCUCUCCAGACAUGGACGACUUGGAUAAGCUCACGAACCGUGUGGACAAAUACAUCUCCAGGUUUGAACUGGACACGGACCUGUCUGAGAGAGGCUCCCUCAUCCUCUAUCUAGACAAGGUGUCCAGCAAAGAGACAGAUUGUCUGAAGUUUAAAGCUCAUCAGCACUUCGAAGUGGGUCUGAUCCAGCCGGCAGCCGUGACGGUGUACGAGUACUACUCCCUGGAAAACCGCUGCACAAAAUUUUACCACCCAACCCAAGACAGCGGCUUGCUGAAGGUGCUGUGUGAGGGAGACGCCUGCCGUUGCAUGGAAGAGAAAUGCAGCCUGAUCAAGAAAUUUAAACAGCCCCCCGCUGACAUCUCCGUUCGCAUCGAAGCCGCGUGCGAGGCUGGGGUGGAUUAUGUCUAUAAAGCUCAGCUGGUGAAGGUGGAGCAGAACGGGAUGUACAAUUACUUCACCAUGAGGAUUGUGCAGGUCAUUAAGGAAGGGACAGAGCAAAGCAUCCAGGGGAAGACCCGUCGAUUUAUCAGCCCAGUGGCUUGCAAGGCGACCCUGAACCUGCUGGAGAACAGGAGCUACUUGAUCUGGGGCCUCAGCAGUGACCUGUGGGACCUGAAGACUGAGAUAGCGUACUUGCUCGGGAGUGGCUCCUGGGUGGAGCUGUGGCCAAACCCCCUGGAAUGCCAGCAGGGACAUUUCCAGGCCCUCUGCAAGGGGCUGGAGGCGUUUGCCCAGCACAUGGUGACAAACGGCUGCCCUUCAUAGACCGAGAAGAAGAGGACCCAGGAACGUCACCAGCUGUCACCCUUUAUGUGGGGAGGUCUCCCUCAUCCCCCAUCUCUAGUGUAAAUUGGAGUCACGGCAGAACCGCUAUACAUUUCACAGCAGCAGGGAUAGGACUCACACCCUCCCGCAUGCAGUCCCCUACCUCCGGAUCUGCAGGAGAAUCUCCUUCAGCUGCUGGUAGCUUAGGGCUUAUGACACCCAGCGAUGCAGUUCAAAUUCCAUCCAGUGGAGGGCAGCAGUGGACACACACACACACACCCAC